UACUGAGGCAUUUUAUGUAAUAGUAUAAAACGUGAACAUAUUGUGAACAGCUUGUGUUAACCACAGACCUUAUUUCAGGCAUUUAACCAAAAACCCAUUCAAAAACCCCAUUGACUUCGGGACGACGGAUGACGAGUACACAGAAAAAUUAAAUCGAGAUCACGAAAAAAAAUAACAAAGUAAAAUAAUAAUACAUGACCGCUUGGGGGUUCUGUAGGCUAAUUAUAGGUGUCUGCUUCACAACUUUCUCGCACAAGACAAACGCACACACUAGGUGAAAGUGGGCGGGACUUCCGACAUGUAGCGCCACCCGGAAGUUAAAUAGACGAGUGUCUCGUUAGCGAAGCGAGAAGCUGGUGUGAUUAUACUAAAAACUAAAAAAAGAAAAACUAACUUAUGAGGCGUCAGCGGGGUAAUGUUUGCCUAUAGCAUUUUUAAAAAUGUACAGGUUACUUCUCAGUUUUUUCUCUCUGGACCUGCAGUGAGAGAAAUGGAGGAGAAUGGCAGCCGACUCUACUCAUCAUUCACCGUGUACUUGGAUUUUGGCUUGAAAUUCACCCACUUGCCAAAGCACCAAUGACCUUCUAUAAAAAAAAAAAAAUAAACAUGUCCUUCUUUGACUUCGACCUUUAUUACAGCCCCUUUUCUGUUGACGUCUGUCAGACUUUUGACCCUUUCUCCUAGCCAAGCACAUAAUUAUAUUCACAUGUACAGGAUAUUUCCCUUCCUGCCUUAUGCUUUGGUUAGUGAGAACGUACACUUCCCUGACACCCUGUUUACCAUAUCAAACACUUCUGCUGCCCUGACACCCUAAGCUCCACUUUGACCAUGUUCCACAAGAAGGGUUGUCUAAUUAUUUGUGGCGCUUUGUUGUUUAUUGCUUGGAAUGCCCUUCUUAUAUUUGUUCUUUUGGGAUGGUCACCUGAAGGAGGUGUGUCUAUUUCAGCAGAAAAAGAUCCACAAAACUCCAACACUGUGGAGAAAUUGUUACAGUUAAUCAGUGCGUUUGAGACGGAACUUGAGUCCCAAAACAAAAUCCUUCUCCAGAUUCAGAGCCAUAAGUCACUGUGGGAAGAACAAAAAAAAAAACCUACAGCUUUCAGGAGUAAAUUAGAUAUCAAAAGUCAUUUUACAGAUGCGGGGAGUAACUCCCAGUCAUCCCCCGUGGUUAUUCCCAUCUUGGUCAUGGCGUGUAACCGAGUGACAGUGUCACGCUGCUUGGACAAACUCCUCGAGUACCGGCCAUCACCUGAACUCUUCCCCAUCAUCGUGAGCCAGGACUGUGGACACACGCAGACUGCUGAUGUGAUCGCCUCAUACGGCAGUAAACUGACUCACAUUAAACAGCCUGAUUUGUCAGAGAUCUCGGUGCCUGCAGGACAUAAUAAGUUCCAGGGUUACUACAAAAUCGCAAGACAUUACCGUUGGGCUCUAAACCAGGUCUUCAACACCUUCUCAUACUCUGCUGUCAUCGUUGUGGAAGAUGAUUUGGAGGUGGCUCCAGACUUCUUUGAGUACUUUAAAGCCCUUCACCCUGUACUAAAAUCGGACCAAACUCUAUGGUGUGUGUCUGCCUGGAAUGACAAUGGCAGGAAUGGAUAUGUAGAUCCUGCGAAAUCAGAACUCUUAUAUAGGACAGACUUUUUCCCAGGGCUUGGGUGGAUGUUGCUUAAGGAGAUCUGGAUCGAGCUUGAGCCAAAAUGGCCAGCUUCGUUUUGGGAUGACUGGAUGAGGCACCCCAAUCAGCGCAAAGGCAGGUCAUGCAUUCGCCCCGAAAUCUCUAGAACUUUGACGUUUGGCCGUAAGGGUGUGAGUUUGGGUCAGUUCUAUGACAAGUAUCUCCGCUUUAUUAAACUCAACACCGAAUUUGUGCCUUUUACAAGUAGAGAUUUGUCUUAUUUGGAGCAGGGGAAAUAUGAUCAAGCUUUUGAGAAGGAGGUUUACAGCGCUCCUCUUGUGACAGUGGUGGAGCUGAAAAACGGAAAGCUGUACGGGCCCGGCCCAUUUCGCCUGCAGUAUUCCAGCGCACAGAGUUUUAAAACACUAGCACGAGAUCUUGGACUCAUGGAUGACUUGAAGUCAGGAGUGCCACGAGCUGGGUAUCGAGGUGUCGUCAGCUUCUUUUCACAAGGAAAGCGGAUCUAUAUAGCGCCACCUGUUGGUUGGACAAAGUAUGAUCCAAGCUGGAGUUGAGGUAGCCUGUGCGUAUUGGGGGGUAAAAAAAUCUGUGUAGUCAGUACAAAGGAAUUAUAUUGUAAACAUUGAUCCACAGUGAUUUGUCAUGGUGCAAAUGUGUUCAGCAUCCAUGCUCAAAAUAAUUACCUUUUAUUUGCCGUAUAUUUGGAAAUGUUCACUCUGCAGAACAUACCAGAGACGUUUCAAAAUAAGCAAAGGUUGAAAAUGAUGUGAGACCAAAGAUCAUGUUGUAGAGUAAUUGAUUUCCAUAUCUCAGGUCAAUGCUAAUAUUUUUUUAAUGAAGAGAGACAAAUAUAUACCUUCAAUGUUAGAUAUAUAGAUUUGUUAGGAUUGUCACACUGAGUGAUUUAUAGUGAUCUUUGUUUUUUUUAAUCAUGACUGAUAAUCAUCACAGCCUUGAUACAAGUAUUCUUUAUUCACCAGUCACUUUGCAAUCUGAAACCUCUUUAAAGUGCCUUCAAACUUUUAUAGCUCUAUUUAAAUGAUUAUAUGUGAAGUUUGUGCUUAAGUGGUGGUGGAUGUUAUGUGUUGUUUGGGGUAAAACAUGUAGCUUUUAAUUCUAUAUUUGACUGACUGACUGACUGAUAGCUUUGAUCACAGAGUGAUGUUAUACUAAAAUGUUUCGGAUUUAAUAUGUGGGGGAAAAUAAAGCAAACAUUUGUCAUAUUUUAACUGCCUGCCUCUGUGCAUCAUUAAUAGUUGUAGGCCAAAGCUACACACCUACCUACCUCCAUAUGUAUAUAUGUUUAUAGAAGUUGGUGAGGACUACACAAGUGUUAUUUAGACCCUGAUAAAUAAAAACAUAGAAUUGAAGGAGGGUGUACUUUCUUUUUUCCCUAUAUCUCCCUUUCCUGUUUUUCCCUCCCUAUAUCUCCCUAUAUCACAUUCUGACCUCUGCUGGCUAGAUGACCUGUUUGGAGAUGGCCUUAUAACCCUUCCCGGACUGAUGAGCAGCAACAAUUGCUUCUCUGAGGUCAUGGCUGAGGUCCUUUCUUCUUGGCAUGAUUUAGACACCUGAGUGCUCCAAAACACCAAACUGCCAAAAGAUCCGCUUUUAUAGCAGUAGUCACACUUCUUGAUGAUGAACUAGUCUUGUGCAUUUCAUUAGUUACACCUGGCUGCUAAUUACUGUCUUAAUGUUUGGUGAAGCCGGAAGGGUGUACUUUUUUUUAUUUUUUAUUUUUUAAAUAUAUAUGGGAUAUUCAGACAGGAUCCUAGUAGGCAAAUAUUUCCAAGGAUAAAAAUGAAACUUAUGCACCUUAUGGCCACUUUAUCAGGCACAACUGCCUUCGGUGUGGUUUUUAGGUAAAGGAUUACUGACUGUAGAUACUAUUGAGUGAUGGAUCAUUAUCAACACAGCAGUGGCACUGACAUGACAGUAUGUGUGCCACUUAUAUGAGUGUAUCGUUGUCACUGCUGGUUUAAAAACAGUCCACAAAACAAAAAUAUCUACCCAACAGAGGUCAGAACGUGAUACUGAUGAAGGACACACAACUUUAAAUGGAUGCCUAACCCUGGAGAUGUAAGGCAAACGUACUAACUACUAAGCCACCAUUAAUUUAGUCAAGUGCUAAGGAAGCUGGAAAAUAAUAUACAAGCUGACAAAGACGGUACCAGUUUGAGCAGUUCUGCCUGUGUUUUGGCAACCAGUAGCAGUUCAGACCAAGCUGGAUUUUUCAGCAAGGAGGUUUCUGGGUAACAUGACAAGCUGCAUUUUUUAUAGUCGUUCUACUUCAAGAGAAAAAAAGAGAGAGGCAGGUGAAGCAGAUGAGAGAGUGAGCUGCCAGGCACUAACUUGUAUUACAGACAUUCCAUAAUAACAUUAACUGUAACGUUAAACAUAUAAAAAGUAUGAUGACGCAUUUAAAAUAAAAAAUGAAUUAAAAAAAUAAAUAAAAUAAUCAUUGGCAAAUUGCAGUGGUAUUAGAGGAUUAAAUCACUUUGGGACUUGCUGUUAUGGGAAAAUAAUCAACUCCUGUUGUUUAUUUUCCUGUAACAGCACUUCCCGAAGUGUUUUCUUCCUCGCUUAAUUUAUAUAUAUGACAUAAAUGUAUCCGUGGGGAAAAGUACAGUAUAAAACCCUGACUCAUACACCAACCACACACU